UGGUAACAUUCAUUGAGCUCCUGUGCUGGUUUCUACCUGUCAGCAGCUCCUGAUACACUACUAUACAGGGAAUAAAAAAUGAGCUUGCUCAGCCCAGAAGCAGCAAGCAUCCUUUAGGAACCUUCUGAUGCCACACUGAAGACCAACGUGCAGUGCUCUGCUUCUCAUGGUAUGAAAAGAGCCUCUUGAAAGCUCAGUGAUGUACAUAUGGUCUUUGCUGCUUCCUCUGGUGUUUUGUUCACUUGAUUCUCUCACUGGAAUAUGGAUGAUGCAAGCACCAUUAAAUGCCUCAGCCCAGAAAAAGUGGAAAGAUGCAUGAGUUCCAUGCAGGCUGGCACCCAAAUGGUCAAGCUCCGGGGCGGUUCCAAAGGGCUGGUUCGCUUCUACUACUUGGAUGAGCACAAGUCCUGCAUCCGCUGGAGACCCUCGCGGAAGAACGAGAAAGCCAAAAUUUCUAUCGACUCUAUCCAGGAGGUUUGUGAGGGGAAGCAAUCGGAGAUCUUCCAGCGCUACGCUGAUGGCAGCUUCGAUCCCAAUUGCUGCUUCAGCAUCUACUAUGGAGACCACAUGGAAUCUCUUGACCUGGUAUCUUCCAGUGGAGAGGAAGCACGCACCUGGAUCACAGGCCUGAAGUACCUGAUGGCAGGGAUCAGCGAUGAAGACAGCCUCUCCAAACGCCAAAGGACCAGAGACCAGUGGUUGAAGCAGACAUUUGAUGAGGCAGAUAAGAAUGGGGAUGGCAGCCUGAGUAUUAGUGAAGUGCUCCAGCUGAUGCACAAACUGAACGUCAACCUGCCCCGACAAAAAGUCAAGCAGAUGUUUAAGGAGGCUGACACAGAUGACAACCAGGGCACGCUGGGCUUCGAGGAGUUCUGCGCCUUCUACAAGAUGAUGUCCACGCGCCGCGACCUGUACCUGCUGAUGCUCACCUACAGCAACCACAAGGACCACCUGGAUGCGGAGGACCUGAGGCGCUUUCUGGAGAUUGAGCAGAAGAUGACAAAUGUAACUGAAGAGCACUGCCUGGAAAUCAUCAGCAAGUUUGAACCAUGCCUGGAGAACAAGAAGGAGGGAGCUCUGGGCAUUGAUGGGUUCACCAAUUACAUGCGGAGUCCAGCGGGAGACAUCUUCAACCCCGAGCACUACCAAGUGAAUCAGGACAUGAGCUACCCUUUGAGUCACUAUUUCAUUACCUCUUCACAUAAUACCUACCUCAUGGGAGAUCAGCUGAUGUCCCAGUCUAGGGUGGACAUGUAUGCAUGGGUGCUACAGUCUGGCUGUCGGUGUGUGGAAGUUGACUGCUGGGAUGGGCCGGAUGGUGAACCGAUUGUCCACCAUGGAUACACUUUGACUUCCAAAAUUCUCUUCAAAGAUGUGAUUGAAACUAUCAACAAAUAUGCCUUUAUCAAGAAUGAGUAUCCUGUUAUCCUGUCAAUUGAGAACCACUGCAGUGUUGUUCAGCAGAAGAAGAUGGCUCAGUAUCUCACAGAAAUCCUGGGAGACAAGCUGGAUCUGACUUCUGUGCACUACGAUGAUUCUACCAAGCUCCCUUCCCCAGCAAGUCUUAAAGGAAAGAUACUGGUUAAGGGGAAGAAACUUCCAGCCAACAUCAGCGAUGAUGCAGAGGAAGGUGAAGUUUCUGAUGAGGACAGUGCUGAUGAGAUUGAUGAUGACUGUAAAAUAAUGAAUGGAGAUGCUUCUAGUAACAGGAAAAGAGUGGAGAAUAUAGCAAAGAAGAAGCUUGACUCUCUGAUAAAAGAAUCCAAAAUCCGUGACUGUGAGGAUCCAAACAAUUUUACAGUUGCCACGCUGCCAUCCUCAGGAAAGGCUGGGCUCAAAUCAGACAGUAAGAAGAGUAAGGUUGAGGAUGAUGUGGAGUCUGGGGAGGAGUUCAGCAGCACCAAAAGGCCCAGCCGGUCGCUGAUGGGCAGCUUCUCUAAGCGCAAGAAAAAAGGAAGCAAAUUGAAGAAGGCAACAAGUCUGGAAGAGGGUGAAGAUGAUUCAGAUUCUCAAGGAAAUGUAGCCAGGAGCUCUGUGCAUUACAGCAGGAUAAACCGACAGAAGAAGACAAUGAAGCUGUCCAGGGCACUCUCUGACCUGGUGAAAUACACCAAGUCUGUUGGCAUCCAGGAUGUUGAAACUGAAAUCUCUUCCAGCUGGCAAGUUUCAUCUUUCAGUGAAACAAAAGCCCACCAGAUCCUGCAGCAGAAGCCAGCCCAGUAUCUGCGUUUCAACCAGCAUCAGCUGUCCCGCAUCUACCCCUCCUCGUACCGUGUGGACUCCAGCAACUACAACCCCCAGCCCUUCUGGAAUGCUGGCUGCCAGCUUGUUGCACUAAACUACCAAUCUGAGGGGAGAAUGCUGCAGCUGAACCGGGCCAAAUUUAGUGCCAAUGGGAAUUGUGGCUACGUCCUCAAACCAAACUGCAUGUGUCAAGGUGUCUUUAACCCAAAUUCUGAAGACCCUCUGCCUGGUCAGCUGAAGAAACAGCUGGUUCUAAGAAUUAUCAGUGGUCAGCAGCUCCCCAAACCUCGUGAUUCCAUGCUGGGAGACAGAGGAGAGAUCAUAGAUCCUUUUGUUGAAGUAGAAGUUAUAGGCUUGCCUGUCGACUGCUUCAAAGAACAAACCAGAGUAGUUGAUGACAAUGGUUUUAACCCCAUGUGGGAGGAAACGUUGGUGUUCACGGUGCACAUGCCAGAGAUCGCCCUGGUCCGGUUCCUGGUGUGGGAUCAUGACCCCAUCGGGCGUGACUUCAUCGGGCAGAGGACCAUAGCCUUCAGCAGCAUGCUGCCAGGUUACCGCCACGUGUACCUGGAAGGUAUAGAAGAGGCAUCCAUCUUUGUUCAUGUGGCUAUUAAUGACAUCUGUGGUAAGGCCAAACAAGCUCUAGGUCUAAAAGGCCUGUUUCUCAGAAAUCCAAAGCAGGCCUCUCUGGACAGUCAUGCUGCUGGGCAGCUCCACCGCAAACAUUCCUUUAGCAGCCACAUCUUGAGGAGGACAGCCAGCGCUCCCACCAAGAGCCAGAAGAAGACCAAGAAAGGCUUUCCUGAAAUUGCUUUUGACUCAAAAGACAACAGCUCUGAAGGGGCCGGGGAAGAGUGUGAAGUGGAAGCUGCCUCACAGCCUCGCUUUGAGCAAGAGCCAGAAAGUGCCCCCCUGUCACCAGCUCCCCGAGAUGGUGCCAGCGGGGAGGUGCAUGGCAAGGGGUUGAAAGAUGUCUGCCAUUUCUCAGUACAGAGGUCAGUCACUUCUUUAUGCAGCCUAGAAACUAUCACUGAGGAGCCUGUAAUUGCCAAUGACCACCAUCAUGCCAGCCUUUUCUUCCCUCUACCCGUUGCUCCUUACAGUGAUUCUGAAGAAGGGUCUGUGUCUGGACAUUCCACCCCAUCUCGAUCAGAGGCAAGCAGCACAUCCAACCAGCCUCUCCCCACCAGAGAUCAAAGAACAACUCUGGCUGCAGAAGACCAAGGGCUGACCGUCACAGAAGCAGCUGACACAAGUUUAGCAGUCCAAGAGGCUGAGAGGACAAGCCUGGUGGGAUGUCUGAAAGAAGAAAAUGGUGAGACACAGGCAUGCAGUAGAGCUGGAGAUGAGCUCAGACUGGCAGCACAUCCUCAGCAAGCCUGGCUGGUAGCGGCAGCAGGCAGGGCUGCUGGCCAGCCUCUGGAAAACUGCCAGAAGCAAAAUGACCAACCAGGACAGGUAUUAACAGACACAAAAAGCACCACUGAAUCCAAAGGGCAAAACCUGGGUGCAGCAGCUGUCGCGCUGCAGCCGACCAACGCGAUCGGCAGCACCCAGGCAGCGCUGCCUCCAGACACCUUCCGGAAAGCCCAGGCUGCGCAGGCUCUGCCCGUCCCUGCUCCUCAGAAGAGCUCUUACAUCUUAGUGAGAAGGUCCAAGAACGAAGGACUCAAGAAGUCAGACUCCUCAGCCUUAACAAAACCCCCGAGCUGCCUGUCUCCAGCAGCAGAAGUGUACUUCGAUGCCACUGUUAACGACCGGCUGUGGAGCAAGCUGGAGGUGAGCAGCCCCCGGGACAGCCUCUCCUCCUCCUCCAGCAUGUCCUCCAACGACACAGUCAUCGACCUCUCCCUGCCCAACCUGGCUCGCAAAAGCCUCCCGGACCUGGGCGUCCGGCACGACGGCUUCGAGCCCCUUGCCAUCAGGAAGGGAAUGCGCCCGAGGUCUGCUACGGCGUCCAGCAACGAGAUGCCACUGGUGAGCAAGAGCAAAUCCAACCCCAACCUGAGGUGUGGCCAGCUGCCAGCCGAUGAAUUGUGUCCCCGGCCCCUCGCCAGGAGCGCUCAGGACGCCUUCUCGUCCAUUCCUAGGAGGCACACCUGGAGCAGGCUGUACAUGGAAAGUCUCAGGCAGUCUUCUAACAAAUCCAAAGCUCACGACAUGGUUGGGAAUAACCAGGCAAAAUCCAAGAGCCUUGGAGACCUUACCUCUGAUGACAUUGUGUGCACUUUUGAGAGCAAAUACCGUAGCAUCAGCAGGAGCUUCGUCACCCGCUCCAUGCGGGAGCAGCGCCGCUCCUCGGGCCUGAGGCCCUCGGGCAGAUCCCAGGACGAACUGACGGAGCAGCUGAAGAAGCUGACGGCCUUCCAGCAGGAGAAUGACAUCACCUCCCCCAUCAGCCUCGACCCCACGGAAUCCGAAGAGGAAGGGGAGAGCCUGGGACUCCUGCGCAGGUCUUCGUCGCGCAGCCAGAGCCGGGUGCGGUACAUUGCCAACAGGGCCAAGCAGGCGCAGGAGAGGCAGCGGCUGCAGAGCCUGGGCCAGCUCAGCGGGAGCCCCAUCGAGGAGAGGGGCAACCCAGAGGGGGCCUGCAGCGUGGCCAAAGCACUUUGUAUGGAUGUAGCUUCUCCUGCCACCUUUACACCCCAGCCUAAGAACCAAACUGAUUAUAAUGCUGACACGGAAGUCUUCUUUAUGCUGAAACUGUAGUUCUGGGCAGCACUGGGAAAAGGCAAUGUUUACAUUCCUGGCAAAACAAACCAGAGUCACCUGAGAGGCGCCAGAUAUCCUCUCCUGGCUCAGUGCUUCCUGGCCUUCCCUCACUCCUAAGGGUACUUUAAUAGCAUGACUCCAAAAGAGCAGGUGGUGAUUGAUUUGUCAGCAGGUUGCAGGAGCAGAACCAGCAAGUGGAACUGGAGACUUGGAUUUCCACAGUCCUAAAGAUCUGACCUUUGCUUCUUUUAAUUGCACUUCUCCCUGCCUCAAAUUUGGCCUCUUUUGUGUCUGGCCACUUCUUGCAUUUGCAGUUUUCUCUGUGCAAAUCUCCUGUUCUUUCCUGGUUUCAGUCACUGCUGCUCACAGUAGGUGAACAUCUACAUAAUGUUAACAACAGCCAAGGUAAAGUUUGCUCUUACAACCUGUGGGUCCAUGAAAGAGGCUGGAUUUAGAAUCCUGCUCCCUGUUCUAUUAUUUGGAAGAGUUUGAGGCUCUGAGGGUGUCUCCUCUGGGACUUGAGUAAUCAAGUCUGGUUGAGAGAUGUCCCUGGUCAUGACAGGGAGGUUGGAGUAGAUGAUCUCUGAGAUCCUUUCCAACCUGAGCCAUUCUACGAUGGUGAAACAUGCAGAGUUGCAGUGUAGUUGUUCCAUGAACUGGUAGUGCAGUAGAUCAAAUCCAUCCUCCAUCAUGGACCUGCUUAUUUCAGUGAAAACCAAGAGGGUCUCACUCUCUGCAGCAGAGUUCUCACUCUGUUCCAAAGCAUUUUUAAACCCAAGCUUGUUCGUGGAGAUGAAUACAUCUCUGUGCACACCCCUGUGUGUAUGCAGAGAUGGCUGCACACAGCUGCACCCCCUGAGGCUGAGCUGUGACUGCUCCUUGUCUCAAAAAGGGGAACAAGACAGGAGGGGGAAGGGGAGUGACUGACACCAGCCAGGAAAUAUCUUCUGCCUUCCAUUCAGAAAUGGCUCAGAGCAUGCUAAGCCUUUCCCUGACCACUGCACCCUCCCUUCCUCCUGGUGUUUUACCAAUGCUGCUGUACAUAGCACUUUUUGGGAUGAAUUUUACUACUUCUGUAUUGCACUGCCAUGCAAAAAAUUUCAAUGCUAUGUUGGA